CCGACCUCCACCGACCUCCACCGGCCUCCACCAUUUACUUCCGCGCCGACGUCGAACUCUGCGGUUCAUGACCGAACAUUCGCCACUACUGCCUGUACGAGCAUCAACAACAUCGAGCCCGCCAUCGCGACAAUGGACGGCUCCUCGGCGUCGCGCGCCUUUCCCCUCCCCUCCAUAAGCGAGGACACGCUGCACUACAUCCUGCACCCGGCGGGUGCACCUGACGCAGCUGAUCUCGCGGCCCUCGCGACGCUCAUCUCGGCGCACGUGUCGCACCUUCUUCCCUCGCCGUGGCUGUGGAACAAGGACGCAUGGGAGCUCAAAGCGGCCGCACGCGAGGGUCUCCCGCGGCUCGAGGGGCGCAUGCGCGUCGGCGACGCGGUCGACGACGAGUGGCUCGUCGUCUGGCUCCUGCGCGAGGUGUCGCGGAAAUGGCCUGACCUCGUCACGUCGAUCCGCGAUAGCGACGGCGAGUUCCUGCUCAUCGAGGCCGCGCAUGCGCUGCCUGCAUGGGUUACGCCGGAGAACGCCGAGAACAGGUUAUGGCUGCAUGACGGCCACCUCCACCUCCUGCCACUUAAUGUCGCAUCUUCCUCCCGACCACGGCAGAUCGCGGACGACGAGUAUGACGAUAGCGGCCGCGCGGUUGAUGCGGGCGCGUGGGUGAGCGAGGCGGACGCCGUCGCGGCUGUGCGGUCGGGCAAGUAUCGCGCACCAGAGGUCGAGGCUGCGGUGUGGGAGAGGAUAGCGUGCUACCCCGACGCACUGAAGACGCAUCAGCACCGCGCCAAAGCGUACCUCCCCCUUCCCGUUGCUCGAGCGCUGCACUCAAACCCAGAGCUGAUCCAGCGCGCCGUGGAGGGUUUCUACGUGCGGGAUCCGGCACAGUUAAGGGCGGCCUCGCGGAUGACGCAUUUCCCACCUGCUCCCGCUGUCCUUUCGUCCGUACUGAUGACACGCGCGGCCUACGCGCAGCUGCAGGGGCAAGUGUUCCACCCGCCGCGAGUUUUCGGGCCAGAAUGGCACGUGCGCGAGGAGCAGGGAGCAGACGAGCGGCGGUGGCGCGACCUCGGCGUUAAGAUCGCGACGGGCUUCGAGAUCAUGUAUCGUGAAGGGGGGCGGAAGGGGCGUGUGGCGGACGCGGCCGCUUCGCCCGACGAGCUGAAGGACCAGCCGGGGUAUGCGCGGUACAUCGACGACCUGCAGCACGCGGGGUACUUCGGCGACGAAGUGCGCGGGAGUGCGCGGUGGAAGACGCGCGAAGCCGAGGCCGCGAAAGGCUGGGUCGAGGCCAGGUCCGAAGAUACGACACAGCAGCGCCCAUCGUUUGCGUACCUCGUCGACAAGGCCGUUGAGGCGACGAAGGUCGAGGAUCUCCCGCCCGCGGGCGAGGAGGACAGCGAGGCAUGGCUCGAGGUCGACCCCGCCGAGCUUGACGCGAUGCUGAACCGCACGGCGGGAGCUCGUGGGGCCAACGGCGAGAUGGAGAUCGGUGAGGAGCACGGGCGUGCACUCAAGAACCUUGCUGGGCAACUGGAAGCCUUUGUUGGCGGCCAGGGUGAUCUCGAAGGCGCGCGGUUCGCCGACGAGCUGAGCGACGAGGACAUGGGCACGGACUCGGAGGAGGAGGAGAGUGGGCCUACCGCAGAGGAGCGCGAGGAGCGCAUGCGCACCCUCGUCCCGGCGUUGCCUGAGGGCGAAUGGGGUGCGGGGGGCGGCGAUAGCAACGGGGCCGCGGCUGAGGAUGACGGCGAUGGCGACGUGGACAUGGCCCCUCCGAAGAAAGGGAUGGUCGCGGGGACGGCGAUGGGAGACUCGCUUUUACCGCCCAAGAUGCGCCCACCACGCUUCGAGGCGAUGCACUACGACGGCGUUGAGAGCGACUCCUCGGACGAGGAGGACGACCUCCCGCCGCAGGGCACGCUUGGUCGGCGCAUCGCCGAGAUGAAGUGGGGUGAGGCGCCGCCGAAGGAGGCGACGAUUGAGGAGAUCGAUGACGACGCGGACGAGGACGACGAGGACCGCAUGGACCGCGAGCGGAAGAAGGCGCUCACGCUCGACGACGACAUCGACGAGCAAAUGCGGCGGCGGGUGUGGGGCGACGACGGAGACGGGGAAGUGGACGAGGCCGGGGACGACAUGGAGGGCGUCGAGGACCAGCCGGCGCCGCAGGACCGCGAUGGGCCGGACGAAGCCGAGUUCCUGCGCUUUGCACGCGAUGCGUUGGGCAUCGACGGUGACAUGUGGGACAGCAUUCUGGAGCAGCGGCGGGCGCGUGGUGCGUUCAUCCCUGAGUCGGCUGGAGGUACAUCGAGCGGAACUGUUCUACCUGCUGCUGCUACGGCAGCGGCGCCAAAGCCUGACCCUUCGCUCAGCUCAUUUGAAAGCAUGAUGGCUGCGAUGGAAGGCGAGCUGGCGCGGCACAAGGCAGCGGAGGCUCCGAAGCAGCCCAGCGGACCGCUGUUCGCGAAGCCUGCUGGUUCUGUUCCGCAGGGAUCGAAGAAGAAAAAGGGCAAGGGCAAGAAGCCGACGGUGUCGUUUGCCGAAGAAGACGAGCCGGCGUCGGCACCCGAACGCAAGGGGCCGUACGCGAACCUCGCGUCCCUCCCGCAUCCGGACGAGCUCGACGACAUGUCGGACGACGCGCUCGUGGCCAUGGACGCGGAGCUGCGCGCCGCGCUCAAGGAGAGCGGGGCGGAUGAGUCUGAGGAAAUGGAGGGGCUCGACGACGACGGGCGACGCGAGUACGGCAUGGUGCGCGAUCUGCUCGAGAGCUAUGCGGCACAGGGCGGACAGGCGGGCGUGGUUGGUAACCUCGUGGGACGAUUGGGAGAAGCGGCGAAGCAGGACAAGGGCAGGAAGUGAUGCACUGUGCAUCGCUGGUGUG